CGCGCGCACACACACACACACAUAUAUUUAGUGUGGAAAUACACGGGUGUACAUGUGCGUAUAUAUGUGUGUGUAUUCAUUAGAGAGGGAAGAUUAGAAAUCAGGAAGAAGAGAUUAGAACGAGUGUGAUGAUGAGCAGUCAAACUAAAUCUCCCAUCAUCGGAAUCAUUCUGUUAUUCUCCGGAGUUAUCAUAACAUGCUUUAUCCUCUACAAAUCCGCUAACCCUCUUCAAUUCCUUCCUUUCUCCACCUCUCUUUCUUUUUCCUCUCCCUCCACCAAUUCAACUCAGGUCAACGAGUUAGAGGUAAUUCUAGAAAGAGCGUCGAAUGAAAACAAAACGGUGAUCAUAACGACGUUGAAUCGAGCAUGGGCGGAGCCAAACUCGACGUUCGACUUAUUUUUGAAGAGUUUUCGAGUUGGACAAGGAACGGAGAAGUUAUUGAAUAAUUUAGUGGCGGUGUGUUUAGAUCCGAUUGCAUAUAAUCGAUGCUUGGAGGUGCAUUCUAUUUGCUAUUCACUUACAACCGCCGGAAAUAAUUUCACCGACGAGGCAUUUUUUAUGAGCCAGAGUUAUUUAGAUAUGAUGUGGAGAAGAAUUGAAUUCUUAACUUCUGUCCUUGAGCUCGGUUACAGCUUUGUCUUCACGGAUGCCGAUAUAAUGUGGCUUCGGGAUCCAUUUUCACGAUUUUUCCCCAACGGAGAUUUUCAAAUAGCAUGUGACAAUUUCUACGGAAAUCCUCUAGACUUGAAUAAUCGACCAAAUGGAGGGUUUACUUAUGUUAAAUCAAACAAUCGAAGCAUCGAAUUUUACAAGUUUUGGUACUCGUCUAGACUAACCUAUCCGGGCAAGCACGAUCAGGAUGUACUUAACGUGAUCAAGAAACACCCAUUUAUCCGAGAGAUAGGACUACAAAUAAGGUUCUUAGACACUGUUUACUUCGGAGGAUUUUGCGAGCCAAGCAAAGAUUUGAACGUGGUUUGCACAAUGCAUGCUAACUGUUGUGUUGGUCUUUGGAAGAAAGUUCAUGACCUUAAUCUUGUGUUGGAGGAUUGGAGCAAUUUCUUGUCUUUGAAUCAAACCCAAAGAGCUCAAAGCAAAUCUUGGAGUGUUCCCAGCAAAUGUGGCUUCUAAUUUUAUUUGGGUUUCAGUUUCGUCUACUCUUGUUUAUUUUGUGAAUAGGUAAGUACUAAUUGGUUUUACUUUUAAAAAAA